CACCCUCUCUUGUUUUUUGUUUGUUUGUCUUUUGUUUGAUGAAAUAAAUUCUGUUUUCACCCAGCACAUGUAGCUUUACGUAAGGUUACGUGAUGACUAGGAAGCGAUCCGACGUGGCCGCGAAAGCCCGCGCGAGAAAGAAGGAAACGAAAAAAGAAACGAGGCCGCGCGAGAACGAGAAAAACUUGCGGUGGAAAAAAAAAAGUAAUCCCAUCCCUUUCUCUCCCAACCACCCGGCGAUGGCCCGACGCCCAGGCGACAACGGACUCGCACAGAUCGGCUGGGCGAGCGGCAACCCCUGCAGCGCCGGCCCGACGCGGCGAGAUCCCCUACAGCGGCCUCCUCCUCGUUGGAUGCGCCAUUGCUGGCUCGUGCGAUGCGGGGAGGUGAUGUACUCAUCGUCAGCAGCGUCAAGGCCGGCUCCUCCGAGGCGGCGAGGCGGCGCUGUGUUCGACCUUAGCGCGGCGUACUCUCUCUUGGUGGCGGCCUGGAUGAUCUCAUCCCCUCCAGCUGAUCUCCUGAACGUGCAGUGGGGCGAGCUGGAUGUUCUCAGCCCCGCCCAGCUGGACCAGAUCGACGAGUUUUGCAGGGAGAGGACUAUAGACAGCUAGACACUCCAGCCUACUACUCUCUGCAAUUCGACAAGAAACAUGAAGUGCAGUUUAACCAAAUCAAAAGAGAGAAGGUUGCAGAUUAUGCGUGUGUCACUGGAAGAGAAGAAACUGGAAUGUGCAAGUUCCAACUAGAUAUUGCUUAUGUAGUUUUUGUUGAUUGUAGAAUGUACUUCAAGUUAUAUGAAUUGGUGCUGUUGUAAGAUCUGACCUUGUGUCAAUGAAAUCAAUAUACAAGGUUUCGGUUCUGGAAAGAUUAAAGGAAACAUACAUCCUUAUGUACCAC